UUCCAACUUGCAUUCCAAUAGGCUUUAAAUAUCUGCGCAAUCAAUCCAGUCAACUGUCUAUUUGAAUUCUGGGGACACACAAUGUAGCUUUCUCUUGAUUUGGUGUACCUCUUUCCUCAUUCUACUGCUAGUGAUCUAUGUGUACGCCUUUAUAUGCUUACCAACUUCUCUGUGAUGUCGAUAGCGAACGCUAUCCUUUAAUUUAUUGAAGCACGACUUCAAACCAGUGCUUAUUUGCAACUUGGUUUUGACUAGAGAGGAUUUACAUGUUCAGACCUGUCUAAAGAUCAUUCACGAUUCAUGAUGGGCAGAGCCAUAACCUGUAAAAAGAAUGUGGUGAAUUCAGGAUUUGUAAUCCUUCUAUUUAUCAAUGCCUGUGCAGCUCUUCCCAUGUGUAUUGAUUCAAGAGCUCCUCAGCUUUCAGCUUCUCUAAGUUUCUGCUCCGACUAUGGGUAUAAACAAAAAGGGUGCUGCAGCAAACAAGAGGAUACGAAUUUGUUGAACAAGUUUGAAUCUAUGAAUGUGUCCGAUAAAGGGUGUGCUGGAUUUAUAAAGCAAAUACUCUGUGCUGAAUGUGACCAAUAUGCAGCAGAUCUAAUUCAAAGUCAAAUUCAAGAACAGCGUGUCAUUCCUGUAUUGUGCAAUUCAACUAUAGGAACACAUUCCUCAACAAAUGACACCAUUGAACAAAACUAUUGUUCCAAUCUCUGGAAUGCAUGUCAAAAUGUGUCUAUAGUAAAUUCUCCAUUUGCACCUUUAUUGAAAGGAGGGGCAUUAGGAUCGCCGACGAAUAUGACACAUGCCAAGCUUAUCGAACUUUGGCAGUCAAAGAAUGAUUUUUGUGCAGCUUUUGGAGGCACAAUAAUUGAUGGCGUCUCAUGUUUUAAUGUCAAUGUUUUUGUGCCCAAUGUCACUCAAAAUGAAUCUACUAUUGAAGGUGUUUGCUUAGAAAGGAUUGGAGAUGAAGCCUAUCUCAACUUGGUUCCUCACCCUGAUGGGUCCAAUCGUGUAUUCUUAUCAAGUCAGGCAGGUCAAGUUUGGCUGGCUACAUUACCAGACAGUGGCUCUGGGAAGCAGUUGAUCUUAAACAAAUCAAAUCCAUUUAUAGAUUUAAGUGACCAAAUGGCUUCUGGUGCAGCAUUUGGAUUGAUGGGGUUAGCUUUCCAUCCAAAUUUUGAGAAGAAUGGCCGAUUCUUUGUUUCAUUUAAUUGUGAUAAGACAAAGAGUUCAAUUUGUGCAGGAAGAUGUGCUUGCAAUUCUGAUGUGGGAUGUGAUCCUUCACAAUUGGGUACAGACGAUGGAGCAUUGCCUUGCCAGUACCACAGUGUAAUUGCAGAAUACUCCGCAAAUGGCACUUCUACUUCACCUUCUCAGGCUACAUUUGCACAACCGACAGAAAUUAGAAGGAUAUUUACCAUGGGUCUUCCGUAUGCAUCCCAUCAUGGAGGUCAAAUUCUGUUUGGACCCACUGAUAAUUAUCUAUAUUUUAUGAUGGGAGAUGGAGGCAGUAUUGGCGAUCCUUAUAAUUUUGCACAGAAGCAAAAAUCUUUACUCGGGAAGAUUAUGAGAUUGGAUGUUGAUAAUAUACCUAGUGCAGAAAAAAUACGCGCAACUAACCUUUGGGGGAAUUAUUCUAUCCCUUCUGACAACCCAUAUGUUCAAGAUGAUAACUGGCAGCCAGAGAUUUGGGCCUUAGGUUUGAGAAAUCCUUGGCGUUGCAGCUUUGAUUUAUUGAAUCCAACCUAUUUUUUCUGCGCAGACGUUGGUCAGGAAGUCUAUGAGGAGGUGGAUUUGGUAACAAAAGGUGGGAACUAUGGUUGGCGUGUCUAUGAAGGAUUUAAUCUCUACAUUCCUCCUUCAUCCCCAGGAGGAAACACAAGUGCAAAUUCUAUACAGCCUAUUUUGCCUGUAUUGGGUUAUGAUCACAAUAGUGUCAAUCGGCAGGAAGGAUCUGCCUCUAUAACCGGUGGCUAUCUUUCUAGAUCCAACCAAGAUGCAUGCUUAUAUGGAAGGUAUUUGUAUGCUGAUCUCUAUGCUGCAAAUAUGUGGGCUGGUAUAGAAAAUCCCAUUGGCAGUGGCAACUUUAGUAGUACAGCAGUAAACUUCAACUGCUCUGCUAAAUCCCCAAUUCCAUGUCUCUAUGCAGCUCAAACUAAAUAUCCCACUUUGAACUACAUAUUUUCAUUUGGAGAGGACAACAGGAAGGAUGUAUAUGUGCUAGCCAGCAAUGGGGUUUACAGAGUGGUACAUCCUAGUGAUUGUAAUUAUGUAUGCAAGAAAGAGAGCCUCUCUAGUGGACCCUCUAAUGUCUCACAGCCAAGUCCAUCCCCAAGUCAGGUACAAUCCCCUUCUGGGUCAUCUGCUGCCAUGGCAAAGCGCAUAAGUGUUUGGCUUGAAGCCUUUCUCCUUGUAUUCAGUAUUCUAAUUUAGAAUACUGGAAGCAUUCUUCAAAUCAUAAAAAAAUGUGAACUUAUAGUCCGUUUAAAAAACAAAUAAUGAUUCGAAGUACCAGUGUUUUAAAUUA